AAACCCAGUCACUGGAAUUCAGCUUGUCCGUACCCAAAUGUGGAGAAUACGGAGAAGGAGAAAGCAACGAGAAGAAGAAGAAGGCUAUGGUAGCAGCUGAAAGUGACGAGUCUUCCAGUUCAAGUUUGGAUGAGGAAACCCUCGUCUGCAUAGAGCGCAGAGCUGAGAAGUCCAACCAUGAAGAUCAAUGGACAAUGUCAGAAGAUGACACUCUCUGCCUAAUGGCAAAAGAGGAUGCUGAUCAAGAGGUAAAAACUCUCAACAAGGAGCUAGGGAUACUGCAGUCCAAAGAAGCUGUGGAUAAGCUUCUUAAUACGACCAAAAAGAAGGGUCGUGAAGGACUUGGGUUUGACCCCUCCAGUUCCAAAAGGAAAGGGAGAACAACAGUUAUUUCUCCCAAACCUACUGCCGAACCCAAUAAGCAGAAAGGAAUUGGAGAAGGUCAAUCAACUUCUAGGCCACCACUCUUUGAUGGUACCAACUACUCUUAUUGGAAGGAACGGAUGAGAAUCUACAUUCGUUCCACCAACUUCCAAUUGUGGUUGGUGAUCAAAAAUGGCGAAGAAAUCCCUAUGAAGAAAGUGGGAGAAACCACGGUCCCAAAGACCGAAAACGAAUUUGAUGCCAAGGACAUCAAGAAGAUUGAAAACUAUGCAAAGGCCAUCAAUAUGCUAUAUUGCGCGGUCAACCCCGAUGACUACCGAAAGAUCUCCUGUUGCACAACCGCCAAGGAGAUGUGGGACAAGCUUGAAGUGACGUACGAAGGUACCGAUCAAGUUCGCGAAGCCAAGAUCGAUUUUCUCACCCAAGAGUACGAAAUGUUCCGGAUGAAAGAAGGUGAGAAAAUUGAUGACAUGUUCGACCGUUUUUCAAAGAUCAUCAACGACCUUCAUGCUCUCAAAAAGACUUACACCAACAAGGAUCUCGCCAAACACGGCAAGGAUAAGCCUGGCUUCAAGAAGCAAAGGGCCUACAUCUCUUGGGGUGGCGAUUCCGGCGACGAAUCAACCGACCAAGAGGAGGACGAAGCUGCAAAUCUCUGCCUCAUGGCGCACGAAGAUCAAAGCGACGACGUCCAAGAGACUUCCCAUCGCUGGGCAAGGUCGUUCUGCCUUGUGGUAAUUUUGCACCAAGGCUCUAACAGCGAUGGGUGGAACUCCCCAUCGCUGUUUGGCAUGGUUCUGGAAAGUGGUUUGGCUGAGGAGCCGCUUACCCAUCGAUGGGAAAAUCUUCCCAUCGCUGGGUGAGUGGUUAGUCAAGAACCCAUGGUUUUUGCCUUAACCACGGCCUAGCCAACCGAUGCGAAACCCGACCGAAAAAUUAAAAGUUCUCCAAAAUAAAAACCAAGUGUUUAAAACACUUAUUUGAUGUACUUGGCUAAUAAAUAGAGUAAGACACU